UUAUCCGCGCAUUAGGACCUUAAUUUCAAAUGCGGUGCAAGGGGAACUUUAUAGCUUACCCACCGCCUGAAGGAAUACAAUGCACCAGGGCAAGUGGCACGGGGCACCUGGUCCCUAAUGCACUCAGCAGAAAGGUGAACAAAGUGGAGACAAGACCCCCCAAAAAAUCAAAAUCACAAGAGAAGUGCAACACGGCCAGGAGCUGGCUUCCUCCACGCCGACUCUGAUCUGAGAAGGUCUAAGCUAGUCACACAGACCAACAUGAAGGUGGAGCUGCUUCCGGCCCUCACGGACAACUACAUGUAUCUCCUCAUCGAUGAGGACACCAAAGAGGCAGCGAUUGUUGACCCGGUGCAACCCCAGAAGGUUGUGGAAGUGGUCAGAAAGCAUGGCGUGAAGCUGACUACAGUUCUAACCACCCAUCACCAUUGGGACCAUGCCGGGGGUAACGAGAAGCUUGUGAAGAUGGAGUCUGGGUUAAGAGUAUAUGGGGGAGACAACCGAGUGGGAGCCCUGACACAGAAAGUGUCUCACUCGACAUCAUUUCAGGUGGGAUCUCUUCAUGUGAAAUGCCUCUAUACGCCAUGUCACACUUCUGGACACAUCUGUUAUUAUGUGACUAAACCAAAUAGUUCUGAGCCUCCCGCUGUCUUUACAGGUGACACGCUGUUCGUGGCUGGCUGUGGGAAGUUCUUCGAGGGAACCCCAGAGGAAAUGUACAAAGCCCUGAUAGAGAUUUUAGGCCGCCUGGACCCUGAAACGAGAGUUUACUGUGGUCACGAAUACACCAUCAACAACCUAAAAUUUGCCCGUCACGUUGAACCCAAUAACGCUGCCAUCCAACAAAAACUAGCCUGGGCUAAGGCAAAAUAUGACAGUGGCGAACCAACUAUCCCAUCCACUAUUGCAGAAGAGUUUACAUACAACCCCUUCAUGCGAGUGAGAGAGAAGACAGUCCAGCAGCAUGCUGGGGAAACUGAUCCCAUUCGAACAAUGGGAGCCAUCAGAAAAGAGAAGGAUAACUUCAGGGUACCAAAAGACUGAGUACUUUGCCUGAACCACUUACCUGUCAGUUUUACCAUGUUUUAGGAACUAGAAGUUUCAUUGUUCUGUUGUGGUGGAGACACAUUCACAGUUAGGUUUUUUUUAACUGUCUUAAGGGGGGGGCGGGGAAAAAAGCACUUUGCUCUUGUUGAGAUGUUCUAUGGCAUAUUUAUAAGAUGUUAAAGAAUAUUUAUUCCUGGCUUUCAAACUGUCAGAUGCAGUGAGGCUUUGCAUGAAUCCUUACAAAUGUUCAGUGUGUGGUGGUGGGAGGGGAAGGCACAUUUGAGGGCUCAGUCCUUACCAGGGGAAGACUCAGUUAGCUUUAUAGGAGAUCUGACUGCAGGAUUGGGCCAGGAGACUUCUACCAUUAAAGCAAAACUCUGGAAUGCACGUAACCAAAUGCCUGUCUAAAGAAGAAUCCUUUUGCAACUUACGAAAUUAACCUUUCUGAUUCUGUCACUUUAAGAUCUGCUACAUUCAUUCGUCAUAGUGCAGUGCUCACUUUGCCACCCACAAUUAAGGGUCUAAUUCAUUAAAUAUGCUGCCCAACUUGCUUGGUAUCUGGAUACAGCUGGCUGUAGAAAUAAGACUGUCCAAGCUUGCAUUAGAGACUAGUUUUCCCCCUCCCCUCCCCCCCCUUCCACCCCUUUCCUUCUGCAUCUUAGAGAUGAAUAAUUUCUAGACAGCAUGUUUUUCAGACUGCCCCUUCAAGUAUGAACAGCUGAGUAUUAACGGCUUAAAAAGCAGCUUGCAUGUACCCACUGACUCCCCUCCAAAGUAUACUGUGCAUAGUGCCUGUAACAACACCAGGUCUGAGGUAGGGACUCGGCCGAUAGACCAGUAUGAUCCUAAAGAGAACUAACUUGGUCUAGUGAGUAAAUGCAUGUCCUACAAGUUUGAGUAGCUAUUCCGUUAGACCAUAGCUAUAACCUUUCCGACCAUUGUGCCAUCAGGAUAGCUUCUUUAUGCUGUACAUGCUACUUUCACCUAACAGGAUUAGCCCAGCUGACCCUUCCGGCCAAAAGAUUUGAGAGUUCUGGUUACUGUGGUGCCCAAGAUCAUCACGGUACCAGCUGUUUUGGAACAGCGGCUACCCUUCAGGGCCUCCUUCAAUAGGAGUAGAAACUAGAGUUCCCUGGUUUAACCCCUUAGCUCCUGCAGCCUCCUAGUCUUCCAGCAGAAGCUUCGUUUAACAGGACUCUCUAAAUGUAAAGAAAUCAAAGCUUGCCCUUUUCGCUCAGCUGCACUGAAGCCUGGUUUCUAGGCAGAUCCAGGGUGUCUUCCAACACAACGUUUGUUCCUUAAACUUUCCUUUCCUUGCCCUUGUGGCUCAGAGCCCUCCCUGGUGUGAACGGCAGGCACAUCGCGAUGAUCGGGAGUGGGCAGCCAGCCUGAAACAGACAUGAUGGGAACUUCCUCCCCAGACCGCUGUGCUCAUUUCAACACGCUGUUCAUCCUGGUGAACCCGAGCACAAUUUUAUGAAAGCAGCUCGACAGCAUGGAAACCCUGCCUCCCUGGUAGAGACCUUGCAUGGCACAGAGGGGGUGAAUUAAGCCUGAUUUUUUUUCCCCACCCCUUCUCUCGGUUUGUUUUCAUGCUGCUCAUGGUUUGAUUCUCUGGACAAAAAGGACCUCUUGGUCUCUUUCAGAGCAAAGGAUGGUUCCCAGUAACUGCUGGGGUGGGGAGAGAAUAUGCAGAAUUUUGCCAUGUCAAAGAACUGCUACCCAGAGUUUUCAGUGUCCGUGUUGGAAGAUAGGCUUCAAGUGAGCUGGCGGGAGGGGGGGGCUAGCCAUGGUGUCAGUGCCCCCUUGCCAUCUGUGCCAUGAAUCCGUGUUCGUUUCGGCUUCUUCUAAAUACAUGGCCAAAAGCAGCCUAUUAACACAAGCUGCUCAUUCUGUCCUCCUCGGAGCAACUUCCACAUCUGCAUCUCUGAGCCAGAGCUGGUGUCACUGGAGUCUUCGGAGAACUGCGCUUUAAGGAGGAUCGUUUUCAAAAGUAACUUCCCUCCCACCCUAAGUGGUUAGGGCAGAGUAGUCCUGGCUCCCCUUUCUGGAGUCUGUUUCUGGCCUUGGACAGGCCCCUGACCUUCUCUGUCCCUCAAUUUCUGCAUGGUUAAACAAUGCAUGGACUUCCUGCCUUCCAGGGGGCUAGGGCUAAUGUGUAUCUAGGUUUGUAAAGUGCUCAGAGACUCUAGCUUUCAUCCAGGGAUAA